AUGUCUACUGCUCCAGAAAAGAAAGUUGCCAAGACCCCAGCUGCUGCUGCCCCAAAGACUGCUGCUAGCGGAAAGAAAAAGGCUACACCAGUGACCAAGUCUACCAAGGCUGGUAUUUCCUUCCCAGUUGGUAGAAUCCAUCGUAUGCUCAAGGAGAGAGUACCAACCAAGAGAGUUUCUGUGUUGGCCUCUGUCUACUUGGCUGCCAUCCUCGAAUACUUGACCUCUGAAGUUCUCGAACUCACCAUCUCCACCUUGAAGGAACACAAUGUCCGUCGUAUCUCCCCAAGACAUUUGUUGCUUGCCAUCAAGACCGACGAGGAAUUGGACUCACUCAUCAAGGCCACCACCACUAUCGCCGGUGGAGGUGUCUUGCCACACAUCCACAAGAACCUCUGGAAGAACGAAAAGACUGGUACCCACAAGAAGGGUACCAAGGCUGCUGCCAAGUAA